AUGAAACUUGUUUUAUUUACUCCACCAUUAGCUGUAGGAACAAUUAUAUUUCUAAAAAUUUAUCAACGAUAUUCUCUAUUUGAAAAAUUAUGUUAUAAUUAUAGAAAAAAAGAAAAAUAUACAACAAAAACAAUAGUAACUUCAUUUUCCUUAAUAAAUUUUAUUAAAUAUGCAUUAACAGAAUUAAUUGUAACACUUAUGGAUAAAAUUAUUGAAAUACGACGUUUAUUAUUAGCUGUUAAUCCAAUUUUAAUACAGAAAACUGUUUUAUCCAUUAGUAAUUCGAAAAAUUCAACUUUUAUUACACAUAUAAAAAUGCAAACAAUUUAUGAGUGUGCUAUGCUUUCAAUGUAUACAAAAUAUCCAUCAUUAUUAUAUGGUAAAAUAAUACCAGUUGGAAAUUAUAGACAAAUAGCUGAAUGUUAUAAUAAAGACAAUAAUGAACAUAAAUGUUUACAUUCAUUUACACCAAAACUUGUACAAGAUAUAUUUUUAAAAUAUCUUGAAUCUAUAAAUCAACAAGAUUAUUUAAUCGAUAUUUAUUCCGAUUCAUCAUUUUCUAUUCGAUUACAAACAUUAAUUUUACUUGAAAAUUCUUCAUUAACAAAUAUUAUUGUAUGUAAUCCAUGUUUAUUUAUAAAAAUUUGUUUAUUAAUUAUAAAUGAUCUUCAAAGUUUAAUAGAUGACAUUGAAAAUGGUGUUCAAAUUAAUUCAACUAUUAUUAUUAAACAAAAAAAUACAUAUCGUAUUAAUAAAUUACAACAAAUUUUACAAAAUAAUAUGCCUAUAGAUGGUUUGGCUCAUUAUUUAUGGCCAAAACUUGAUGUACUUAUUUGUUUUGUAUCAUUUCCAUUUUAUAAAUGGCCAUCAGAAAUAUCUUUAUUUCUUCGUGGUAUUAAAACAGAACCACUAUUUCAUACAUCAACAUCACAAAUUGUUGGCAUCGCAUUACCAUACACAUAUUCUCAUCAAUCUUAUUUUCGUUUCUUUCAUCAGUAUUCAUCACCUAAAUAUAUAUAUAUUCCAACUUUAGAUCUUAACUAUUAUGAAUAUAUAUCAAAUGAUAAUCGUUUAUUAAAAACAAUUGAUAAUGUAAAAUUAAAUUGUCCAUAUGAACUUUUAUUAACAAAUUCAACUACGACAGAUCGAUAUAAAACAAAUGAAUUAAUUGAAUUUAUAGAUUAUUAUAUUAAUUGUCCUGUUUAUAUACGUUUAGAAAAUUGUUUAUUUAUUACAGAAUAUUUAUUUCUUACAGAUUUU